GCAAAGGAGAAAGAAGAAAGAUACACCAAGAGACUGCAGAGGAGAGCUGAGCUGGAGGCCAAGAGGAAAGAGAGAGAAGAAGAGAAGGCGAGACUACGAGAGGAGAGGAAGAAACAGAAGGAGAAGUCCUCACCAGUCAAGAAAGAGGGAGAGUCUGAAGAUACCGAUAAAAACCAGGAUGAAUCGCCAACUAAGGACAAAACAAAAUCUCCAGUGAAGAAAGUCCCGGACUCUCCCGAGAAAAAGAAACGGAAGACAAAGGCCGAGCUGAAGGAGGAGUUAACUAAACAGAAAGUAAUGGAGAAGAAGGCAGCCUUAAGACGACAGAGAACCAGGAAUAGGAGAUAUGCCUCUGAGGAUUUCACCUCCAUCUUCAAUGAGAAGAGUCAGCCGUACACCAGUGCCAGCUACUCUGAGGUCGUGAUGGAAGAGCAAGUGGUGGAGGAAGUGGUGACGGUGGAGGAAGAAAUCAUCAUGGACGUCUCCAGUACAGUUGAGGAGGAGCUGCCCCCACUCCCAGAGGAGGAGGUCCCCCCUCCCUCACUCCCCCCACAGACCUUGUCAGACACUACAGAGGUCACACCCGAGACAGGUCAACCAGAACCAAGGAGAAGGUCACAGGUCAAGGACACUCACAAAGACAGUAAAACUGACGAAAACAGACAAGAUAGCAAGAGAAAACGCCAAGAUAGUGGAACAAGGCCAGCUAGGGAGGGUAGAUCUACCAAUAAACACCCAGAUUCCAUGUUUAGACGACCAAGAGUGGAAGAUGACAAAGGUCAGAGCACAAAGCGCUACAAUCCCUCCGAUUUAUACAAACCGCGUCCUAACAUUGCUCGUAGCAGAAGGCGAGGUUCCUCUCCAACUCAACAAAAAGCAGACGACAAUGCCAAUAAAACACCCUCAGCUGGUGAUAGCAAAACCACUAAAGAGGACAAACCAGCAGUUCAUGAGGAACCCCCAGAGGUUAUAGAAAUUGAAUCUAGGUCACCCUCACCAGUCAGUUCAAGGUCAAGAUCGAGGUCAACUUCACGUUCAAGAACUCACUCAAGGUCACGAUCUCAUUCGCAUUCUCGGUCCAGAUCUCGUCGAAAGAAAAGAAGGAAAGGAAGGUCGAGGUCAGGGUCAAGGUCAUAUUCUGAAUCCAGGUCAAGGUCUCAGUCUAAAUCCCGAUCCAGGUCGUAUUCCAGAACGAGGGACGGAGCCAGUCCCAUUUCAUCCUCAUCCUUAUCUCUGUCAAGGUCACCUUCCCCAUCCAGACACAGUAGUAGAUCCUCCUACUCCAGAUCCAGAAGUAAAACUAGGUCAAGGUCAGCUUCCAGGUCAUCCGAGUCUUCUGUGGACGAGUUUGGGAGACGGAAGAGGAAGGCUGGAAGAAGGCCGCUGGAAGAGAUCGAUUUUGGGGAGGCAGCUCGCAUGGCCAAGAAAAGUUUGGUCGGAGUGGACUUUGGAGAGGCCGAGAGGAGAAGUAAACAGGAGAGAGGGGACCCCUCCAAUACAACAAAAGCUACUGAAUUUGCACCCUUCAAGACUGUUCCCCCAUUUGGUGCCCCUCCGCCACCUGGUGCCAUGCCCAUAGUGGACCCCACCAUGAAAAAAAGGAUGGGAAAAAAGCGGGGAUUCCCACCUACCAGAGGGGUCCCGAGGAGCAAUGCACUGCGAGGAAACUGGUACCACCAAUCCUGGCAGUUUGAAGAGGCCUCCAUGGAGGAAGAGAUGGUCAUGCCCCCCUCCCCCUCCCGGCGUUACUACGCCCCAGACCGGUCACCCCUCCAUUAUGACGACCUGGAUUCUCUCUCCCCAGAUUCCAUGGGAAGGCACUCUCCCAGCAUAAUGAGGCACCCUAGACGUGGGGUCUCCCCCUCACCCCCUCCUUACGGAAUACCCCGAGGAAUGAGAGGAAUGUCAAGGUCACCCUCCCCUCCAUAUCUCCCCCGCAGACACUCCCAGUCAAUGUCACCCCCUCCCUAUGCUGGAAGACCUGGAACUUAUUCCCAGUCUCCAUCCCCACCCCCCUACAUUGGAAGACCGAUGAGACACUCCAGAUCCCCCUCACCCCCUUAUGGUGGACCCCCAUCCCCUCCUUAUGGUGGACGUCCAAUGAGACAUUCACAGUCUCCAUCUCCAUCACCACCCUACUUAGGCAGAAGACAGAGGUCACCUUCCCUACCAUAUACAAGAAGACCCCCCUCCCCCUAUGAUGGGUCCCUCCCAUCUCCUCCAGUUCGAGGACCGAGAGGUCACAGACCCCCCUCCCCUCCUUCACCCUCCUACAGGGCACUGUCUCCAGAGGGGAGGGUACGAACCAGAAGUCAAAGGUCACAGUCACCCACUUAUUCCUCUUCACACAGGGGCAGACCCUCACCUUCACCCCCAUUAGAUGAGGAGGCCCCCUCACCCCCUGAAUACUCUCCCCCUCCACUGUCCCCCACAGGGUCAGGCUACAGGUCCCCAUCCCCACCCCCAUUAUCUCGACUCCCUAGAUCUCCCUCACCCCCACACCGUCCCGUGACCAGGGCCUACCACUCUCCUUCAAAUUCCCCCUCCCCUCCCCCCCUGCGACCUGUCACCCCUCCCUCUCGACCUUUGACUCGAGGUCAGAGGGCAGUAUCCCCUCCCAUGUUCAGUCCUAAGACCCGGAAACAGAGACCCCCCUCUCCCCCUCCUGCAGCUAUGUCCUCCAGGUCACUUCGAGCCAAACACAAUGCCCCUCAGAGGUAUUCCCCUCCCCCAUUGCAGAGGAUGAGGCCCCGCCCACAAUCCCCACCCCCAGCUAAAAGAGGGAAGCGGUGAUCAGCUGUACAAUUCACAAUUCCCACCAUUGUUCAGAAGGGAGAAACAAAAAAGGAUUUGUGCAGAUUAAUUGAAUUGACUUUUGCAAUAAGAUCUAUGCUGUAUAGAGAAAUGAUUAAUCAACAUGUGUUCUUUAAAUUAAUGUUUACAUUCAGUUAUUAAGGAAAAAGAAGAUCCAAACUGUACAGACUGAUUAAAUGAAAUGUAUCAACAAUGUUGUUA